ACAGUCUCUUUCCCGGCCAUCUUGUGGCAGCAAUCAGCGAGCUGUUCGCUUCAAGCCUCGUAGAAUCGGAGGAAAAUCCCGUUAAAGGGGCGUCAUCAUGCCCGGACAUCUGCAAGAAGGCUUCGGUUGUGUCGUAACCAAUCGGUUCGACCAGUUAUUUGACGACGAAUCUGAUCCUUUUGAGGUUUUAAAGGCGGCAGAAAACAAGAAGAAAGACAGUGCCGCUACUGGUGUCUCCAAGACUGCCGCGCAAGCCGCGAAGCAGCCUAAAAAGGAAUCUCAAAAGGAUAGGAAGAAUCCUCUACUGGACAAAAAGGAAGAAACGCAGCCCCCCGUACCCCUUAAAAAAGAAGGCAUAAGAAGAGUUGGCCGAAGGCCUGACCAACAGUCUUCACAGCAGGCACCACAGUUGUCUUCUCAGCAGCAGGGUAACCAGCAACAACAGGGGAAUCAAGUAGAAGUAAAAACUGGUGAGAGGAGACCAGAAAGGCGGAUGCCUCGUGAGCGCCGAUUUGACAAGCCUACUGAAGAAAAGCCUGAAGGUGGAGAGUUCUCUGCGGACAAGUCUAUUGGGGAUAGGCCACUUCGUGGACGUGGUGGUGGUAGAGGCGGCCGUGGUGGACGAGGCCGUGGCAUGGGCAGAAGUGAUGGAUUUGACUCUCGUGGCAAGCGUGAAUUUGACAGACACAGUGGAAGUGACCGAUCCAGUCUGAAAGCUGAGGAGAAACGUGGUGGAAGUGGAUCUCACAACUGGGGCACUGUUAAGGAUGAAUUAACUGAAUUAGAUCAAUCCAAUGUGACUGAAGAAACUCAUGAAGGAGAAGAACAACCAGCGGCUGACUCUGAAAACAAGGAGAAUGAAGUAGAGGAAGUAAAAGAGGAAGGACCAAAGGAAAUGACCUUGGAUGAAUGGAAAGCCAUGCAAGAUAAAGAGCGAGCCAAGGUUGAGUUCAACAUUCGAAAACCUAAUGAGGGUGCCGAUUGGAAGAAAGGAUACAUUUUGCACAAAUCUAAGAGUGAAGAUGCCCAUGCCGAUGAAGCUUCUGGAGAACAUCAUUUCCGGAAACCAGCUAAUGACAUUACAUCCCAGCUGGAGAUUAACUUUGGUGAUUUGGGACGCCCUGGCCGUGGCCGAGGAGGCACGCGUGGUGGCCGUGGACGUGGAACCCGGCCAGCCCGUGGAGGAAGGUCUGAUAAGCCUGGAGGUGUGUCUGUUCCUAAUGUGGAUGACCCAGAGGCAUUUCCAGCUCUGGCUUAAACAGAAAAGUUGUCGUCAGCCGAACCUUAAGCCCUUCGGGCCCUCCUCUACGAGGCUUGCAUGCUUAUGGAUCCUUUUCCAACUAUAAGAAAAAUGAAAAGACUGUCAUCCAUACCAUUCACACCUGAGGACUGAAAUUUUAUCUGUCAAAAAAGGACUUCUCUUGCUACACAGAAGCAAAAAUACUGGUAGAAGGUUUUGUAUUUAGAAACAAGGUAGCAGGGAUGUUUUCAUACAGUAAUUUUUUUCAGAGAUUAUGCAUUCUUCAUGAAUACUUUUUGUAUUGCUGCUUGAAAAUAUGCAUUUCCAAACUUGAAAAUAUAGGUGUGAAGAGUGUGUAACAGUUAGUCAUUGGUGUCCUAUGGCUUGUUUUAUUUCAACAGAUCUCAAGUGACACUCAGUUUUUAGAAAACUGCUGCUCUAUUUUAUUCAGCUCUGCCAAAAAAGUAUAUAAUAAAAUGGUUGUGUUUUAUUGCUAUAUGGAAAACUAGAUGUGAAGGUAGGCGGAGCUGGUGCAGCUCUGUGACACAACUAGAUGACAAAAAAAUUACAUUUUUUUAUUCGGGAAACAGAAAUUUUAACAGCAUUUUAAUCUUACAGUGAAACCUUGAAGGUUUAACUAGGCAAUCUGUUCUCAUUCCUUUUAUUUUCAAAUAAUGUGGGGUUUCUUUAUUGCAUUGAUGGCCUCCAUCCAAGUGUUCUAGGCAGCUCAGGGCCAUGGAGAAAAAAGCCUCUGUGAUAACCACUUAGCAUACUUAGCUUACUGCUGGGAAAUAAUGUGUUGACAUGAUGAAUUAUUUUUGUCUGUCCAUAUUUUUGGUGAUGUGAUAACCAAAUUAUGGCACAGAAAUAGGGAAGGGUGGGGGUGGGGUUAAAUGGAAUUUAAUUUGGAAUUCCAGAAAAAUCUGGGAAUAUGAUUGCAGCAUAAUGACUAGUCAAGUUUACACAUUUGGAGUUGCAAAUUACAGUUCCCUGGCACAAACCAGGAAAUUCAAUAUUUUGUAUAUAUUCUAUUUAGAAAUGUUUGCAGUUGAUCUGCAAGAAAUGAAGCUGAAUUUCUACAGCUUAUGGCAUGUGCCAAAAAAGAGAGCAUCUUCUAGGUUUGUUUUUAAGUUGAAAUGUCCCAAAAAAGUAGAAACAUUCGGUUUAGUGCUCUAUACAGGAAAAAAUUUUUCCAGCAGCAUUUUUUUUUUUUUUUUUGCAUAAUUCUUCUGAAAGAAAUGAGUGAUUUAUACUUAUUGUUAUUUGGCAACUAAGCUAAAUGUCAUGUGUGAAUGCUAACCCUGCUAAUGGGCACCAGUUUGAAAAUGGUAAGUACUCAAUAUGUAAAAUCUUGAUGUAGCACAUGAGUGAUCAAAAAAUUGUUUUUGGUAACACUACCAUAAGCAUAAAAUAAGCUUUGUAUUUAGUAAUUGCAGGUCUAGCUGGCUUUGUAUAUAAAAUAAGUUUCUCAAGUGGACUUUGCAUUGUACUGUUGGGUCCAAGUGAGUUUGGGUUGUCUUGACUCAGAACCCCUUUCUGCAAACAUCCCUGUUUUAAUAAAUUGCUUAGAGGUGUUUAA